AUGGAACAGUCAGAAAUACAAGCAGUUGAAUACUGUUUUGAAUCUAAUUCUUCCUGCCUGAAGGAAGUGCGAUCUACAGCUGUGUAUGUGGUGAUGUAUAUUUUUACAGUGGCAGUGGUGAUGCUGACAGUGUGUGGAAACCUGGUGGUGAUCAUCUCUGUCUCUCACUUCAAGCAGCUCCACACACCGACUAACUUCCUAAUGCUCUCCCUGGCUGUGGCAGAUUUUCUAGUAGGAGCAGUUGUAAUGCCUUUCAGUAUAAUUUUAUUAAUAGAGACCUGUUGGUAUUUUGGAGAAAUGUUUUGCAUCAUUUAUAAAAUCUUGUAUUUUUUCAUUAUUUCUGUUUCAAUUGGUAAUGUUGCAUGCAUAGCUAUUGAUCGCUAUUUUGUUGUGUGUCACCCAUUAGUUUAUUCUACUAAAAUCACAGUUAAUGUUACAGCUGCUGUCAUAUUGCUUAAUUGGCUGAUAUCACUACUGUACAAUUUGGCAUUCAUGUACUUUAAUGGAAAUAUUGAUGGUACUGAAAUGCUAAACUUUUGCCUUGGAGACUGUUUGCUUUUCAUAACUAAAAGUGGUAUCAUAAUUGAUUUAUUAUUUACAUUGAUAUUGCCUUGUUCUAUAAUGAUAACGUUAUAUUUCAAGAUUUUUGUAGUUGCUCGACAGCAUGCACGUGCAAUCAGCUCUGUUACAGAGCAGAUGCGUUCAGCAGAUGGAGACAAUAAUAAAAUUUCCACAAAAUCUGAAAGGAAAGCUGCAAAAACAUUAGGAAUAUUAGUGAUUGUAUUUCUUCUCUGUUUGGUACCAUAUUAUAUAUGCAGUCUCGCUCUUGAAAAUGUGGACCGGACCUCACUACUAUUUAGUCUUCUAAGUUGGUUGUUAUAUUUUAAUUCUGCUAUCAAUCCUAUUAUUUAUGCUUUGUUUUAUCCCUGGUUCCAGAAGUCAGUUAAGCUGAUUGUUACCCUUAAGAUAUUUAAAAUAGAAUCCUCCCUGAUAAAUGUGUUUUCUAAAGACAUUUAA